CUGUGCGCCCGGCUGCGGUUCGGGCUCGCCGUGAGGUGGGGCGCGGUGAGCAGCGCUGCCGCCGUCCCGCCUUCGCCGGAGGAGGAGGAGGAGGAGGAGGAGGAGGAGGAGGAGCGCUCCGAGAGCGACCGCGCUAGCGGCUUUGGGAGAUGCAGAUGGAUAGCUGGACAUCUAAUAUCCAUGUUCAGAAGCCAUGAAUUCCAGAAAAGUAACCUCAGAAUUACGGAGAGGGUUUCCUGCUACUAAAGCACAUUCCCAGCAGCCAUCGCGGAUUCUCAUUGUGGAUGUCACGUCACCUUCGUGGACCAACACCUGCUCAGUACUCUGUGAAGCUCUGGAAAAUGUGCUCUGUUUGGCAUGCAGUUUGGCAGGUCCCUACCGUGUUCCCCUGCUGAGUCUCUACGUGGUGCAGUACCAGCAGGAGUGUCUGCUUCCCUUUAUGCAAGUGAAAGAAAGCUUUGCACGAAUUCAAACCUGCAUUUCAGAGCUCCGUUCACUACCUAGAGAAGGCUGUUUCCCACAGGGGGGAAAUGGAGUGGUACAAGCAGUGCAGGAUGGACUGCAGCAGUUCAAACAAUACGGCAGACACACAGCAGCAGGAGGCUCGACAAAUAGUUCAGUUGAGAUUACAAUUUUGACUAGUCAGUCAGGCAAAGAAAUGGUGAAGCAGCUGGAAAAGAAGUUAAGAGAUGUAGAUCUUGUGAGUCUGCGAAGACUACAAAUCAUUGAGGUGUUGAAGAGAGAUUUUCUGGAGCCUGAGGGUGUGGAGCAGAGUUUGCCAGCAGAAGAGCCUAGCAGUGAUGACAUUGCAAUCCUGGGAAUGGACACUGAUGUGCAGACAAUAGAGGACAAUGUCAUCAGCUUUGAGAUGCUGUUUAAAACCUGGCUUCAUGACCAUGGCACAGACAGAGAACAGCUCCAUCUCCUCCUUCCUUCAGGAGGCUUCAGCUAUGCCACUGCAGCCAAGAGCAGUCUAAUGUGCCUGAAGUGUGAUUUGCAGGAGAGACUGCUUGACCCAGCUCUACUCUCUGGGACAGCUGAUGGCACCAUGAGAACAGCGGACAUGAACUCACUCUGCCACAUGGCUGCUUGGCCAGCUACAGCACUGUAUAAACUCCGGGUUGUAAAAGCUCUGAAGUCUGAAGGGGUCUGUGAGUCAGUACUGUAUGGACUGCCCUUCAUUAUGAAGCCCACAAGUUGCUGGCAGCUAGACUGGGAUGAACUGGAAACAAACCAGCACAGCUUCCAUGCUCUGUGUCACAGUCUUCUGAAAAGGAACUGGAUGCUUUUGGCCAAAUGUGAGCCACAAAACAGUAGUCCAAGCUGGAACAUCAUGGUGCAGUCCUACUACAUCAUUGUCCCUUCUGACUCUGCCACGCUGCUUGUCAAAGCAGUUGCCGUCAGAGAGCUCCUGCUGCCGUCAACCUUCCCAGCCCUCCUUGCUGAGCAUCCUGAAAGAGUGUGUGGCCCUGUAGAGAGUGCCCUGAACAGCCUGGAAGUGGAAGUCACUUACAACCCCCUGCACCUGAAAAACAACCUCUACAAAUACCUGAAGAAUAAGUUGCACAGACCCACACAGAGGCAGCUAGCCCAGCCCAGAGACCAGCGACCAGAGCGACAUCAGCCUAAGCAACAUCAGAGCAGAGCCAAAGCCACAGUAGCUCCUCUUCUGAUGGCUCCUUCUCCUGUUCAAAUGUUCAGACCAGCAGCAGUGAGGAGAGAUUCCUGUGAGCAGUCUUUCCUUCCUGAAGAGGAUGAUGAGUUCCUGCAAGUCCUGCAGUGAGGAUAUCCCUAGGCACUGUUUGACUGUUCAUGUGCAGUUAUGGCUUGGCUUCUGCUGCCAAGCCUUAUGCACUGGGCCGGAAGUGGUCAGGCAAGAUGCUAAACUUGGCCUUGGUCAGACAGGCACUUCCCACUGUUUGUUCCUCCUUGUUGUUUUAUGGUUUUGUUAGUCAUCAAGUCACCCUGCAGGAAGCCUGCUACCCUGGGGCUCUCUGUCCAGCGAUUCAGCUGUCUUCGGCAACACCGUUUCCCUUUCUUGUCAGUACACAUCACCAGCAUGCAUCAAACUAUGGUUUCUGAGAACAGGCAGGCACAGCCCAUAAACCACAAAUUGUUUUCAGUGAGUACAGAAAAGCUGCAGGCAGAGCUGUGAAGAGGUCAGGCAGAUACAUAAAGUAAGCAGUAAUGGCAAGCUGUCUUCAUCCUGCAGCAGUAGGUUCAGCAAGCUGUUUGAAUAAGCAUGAAAUGGCUUUUGAAUUUAAUCUUAAAGCCCUGAACAUUUCCCUCUUGAAAGCAGCAUUACCCACGAUGACACAAUUUGCCUGCUUCUGUAUUUGAUCUCACUGUUCAACUCCUCCUCUCCCCAGCUCUCCAAGCAGUUUGUAGCAAGUGCCCAAGCCAGCAGCAAUGCCCUGGCUGGCUCCUGCACAGUGGCAACCAGCUACAGCUGGAGCCCCAGUGCAGCUCUCUCCUCCCAGCCGACUGCUGCUUGGACUCACUCUGUUUGGCGCAUCUGCACCUGUGAGGCUGUUCUGCAAGCCAGUAUAGCUCGUACUUUUUGCCAGGGCUGAGAAGACGGGGAGAUGGCCUGAAGCUUUCCAGAGAGCUUUUGCCCAGUGCUUGUGCAGAGGCCAGUCCCAGUUUUUCAGUGCAGGCAUAGCACAGCUGCCUCUGCCAGGGCAGGAGUUGAGGACAGCUUGACUGAACCAAGGUAGGCAGACUCACUUGGGCUUCCUGGAUGCUGAGCAUCACUAGGGGUUUGGGUUCCACUUACUUUGUUCUGACAGUCUGUUUCAAAAUAAAGUUGUUCUGUGUAAUUGUUAA